CAUACCAAUUCCAAAAUGGCCAAUUUCUCCCCCCUCCUCCUCCUCCUCUUCCUGCCCUCUACACUAUCAAAAUCCACCUACAUUGUCCACGUGUCGAAAUCCUACAAGCCGACAAUCUUCUCCUCCUCUAGUCAUUGGUACUCCUCCAUCCUCAACUCUCUCUCCUCGACCACUACCACCCCUAAACUCCUCUAUUCCUACACUCUCUCUGCCACAGGCUUUGCGGCACACCUAUCCACGGCCCAAGCGGCUCAACUACGCCGCCACCCCGCCGUCCUCUCCAUGGUCCCUGAUAAGGCCCACCACGUCCACACUACCCGUACUCCACACUUCUUGGGUCUCAAUAAAAAGUCCGGCCUCUGGCCCAGAUCUCGAUACGCCUCUGAUUCCAUAAUUGGUGUACUUGAUACUGGGAUAUGGCCUGAACACCCUAGCUUCUCUGACAAAGGGUAUGCUCAGGUACCUGCCACCUGGAAAGGAUCUUGCGACGUGGGCCCUGAUUUCCCGGCUACCUCCUGUAAUCGGAAAAUCAUUGGCGCUCGUGCCUUUUAUCAAGGGUACGUACUCCGUCAUACAAGUAUAUAUAUAUAUUUUGGUUUGCCAUAUCAUGAAACGUACGAAGCGGCCCAUGGGCCAAUGAACGAGACCCAAGAUUCGAAAUCACCUCGAGACACAAUCGGGCAUGGGACCCACACGGCAACAACAGCAGGCGGAUCAGUGGUUCCUAAUGCCGGGUUAUUCGAUUAUGCUCGAGGGGAGGCGUCUGGGGUGGCCAUAAUGGCUCGCAUUGCAGCCUACAAGAUAUGUUGGAGCCGUGGUUGCUUAGAAUCAGAUACAUUGGCCGCAAUGGACCAGGCCAUCGUGGAUGGAGUACAUGUGAUUUCGCUCUCUGUCGGAGUCAGUCAAUUAGCUCCAACCUAUGACGAAGAUACCACUGCUAUUGGUGCACUACAUGCUGCCCAAAAAGGGGUGUUGGUGUCUUGCUCAACUGGAAAUACCGGACCAACUCCUUUUAGUGCAGUCAAUAUUGCUCCCUGGAUUCUCACAGUUGGAGCUUCCACCAUUGAUAGAGAAUUCCCCGCGUACGUAGUGUUGGGAGAUGGAAGGAGGUUUAAGGGCGGUUCAUUGUAUGCUGGCAAGCCUUUGGAUGAUCGUGUUUAUCCCAAGUUGGUUUACGCAGCAGACUCUGGUAGUAGAUUUUGCCUACCAGGUAAACUUAAUUCAUCGAAAAUAACAGGGAAUAUUGUGAUUUGUGAUCGAGGAGGACCGAUUGGACGAGUUUCCAUGGGUGAGAUUGUUAAAGAAGCUGGAGGCGUGGGAAUGAUUCUGGCAAACUUAGCUGAAACUGGUGAGUUACAGAUAGCAGAAUCACAUAUUAUCCCUGCUACAUGGGUGGAUCAAACAGCCGGGGAAAAAAUAAAGGCCUAUGUUUCUUCGGUCCCUAAUCCAACAGCCACAAUCAAGUUCAAAGGGACAGUGAUAGGUCGUUCUCCAUCAUCUCCAAGGGUGGCAACAUUCUCUAGCAGAGGACCCAACCAUGUCACACCCGAAAUACUCAAGCCGGAUGUCAUAGCUCCGGGUGUUAACAUCUUAGCUGGUUGGACCGGGUCAGCAGGACCCUCGGGCUUGAUAACUGAUCAACGAAGGGUUCAGUUUAAUAUAAUGUCUGGUACUUCCAUGGCCUGCCCACAUGUUAGCGGGCUCGCGGCUCUUCUUCGAAGUGCUCACCCUACUUGGAGCCCUGCAGCUAUUAAAUCUGCGCUUAUGACUACAACUUAUAACCUUGAUAAUUCAAAGAAGAACUUCACAGAUAUUUCCACAGGGAAGGAAUCGUCACCAUUUGGGUAUGGGUCAGGUCAUGUUGAUCCGAAUAAGGCUCUUAACCCUGGUCUAGUCUAUGACCUUGAUCUUAGUGACUAUGUUGCCUUUCUGUGUGCCAUUGGGUACGAACCGAGAAGGAUUGCCGUUUUUCUUGAAGUGUCUGCUGUUGUUGAUUGUGCGGCUAAGAAUUUGUCUAGCCCUGGUAGUCUGAAUUAUCCUUCGUUCUCCGUCGUGUUUGAGUCUGGAACAACAAUGGUUAAAUACACUAGGGUGGUGAAAAACGUUGGACGUUCAGCUAAUGCGAUUUAUAAAGUUAAUGUCAAUGCUCCGCCAAACGUAAAAGUUAAUGUUUCUCCGAGAAAGCUCAUUUUUAGUGCCAACAAUCUAACACUAUCCUAUGAGAUCAUUUUUACGACCAUAAGAGGUACUCAAGUUGAUCAAUCAGUUUUAGGAUCGUCGAGUUUUGGAUCAAUUAUAUGGAGUGAUGGAAGUCACCGCGUGAGAAGUCCUAUUGCAGUCAGAUGGAUUCAAGGGGUUCAACAACAUUUCAUUGCUUCUAUAUGACAGUUUGGCCCCUCUUUCAAAAUCUCUAACUUAAAUUCAUGUACUGCAUAGCAAUUCACCUUUGUUUAACACAUAUCUAUGAUCUAUCUUAGUAUGUAUUUUAAACAAUUGCUUCUUAAAUAAUA